GGGUGGGGCAGGAUGCUGGAUGGCCAGCUCUUCUCCGAGGGGCCCGAUAGCCCCCGGGAGCUCCAGGAUGAGGAGUCUGGCAGCUGCCUCUGGGUACAGAAAUCCAAGCUGCUGGUGAUCGAGGUGAAGACUAUUUCCUGUCAUUAUAGUCGCCGCGCCCCUCCUCGACAGCUCAUGGACUUCCAGGCCAGCCACUGGGUCCGCGGGCCCCAGAGCCGCACGUGUGGGCCGCGCCCGGGAUCCCCUGAGCCGCUGCCCCGCCGGCCCUGGGCCUCCAGGGUGCUGCAGGAGGCGACCAACUGGCGGGCGGGGCCCCCGGCCGAGGCCCGAGCCCGGGAGCAAGAGAAAAGGAAAGCGGCAUCGCAGGAGCGGGAGGCCAAGGAGACCGAGCGAAAAAGGCGCAAGGCUGGUGGGGCCCGAAGGAGUCCCCCUGGUCGGCCCCGCCUGGAGCCUCGGAAUGCACUUCGGGUGGCCCACUCUGCAGGGCUCCCAGCUUCCUCAAGGCCGGAGCGCCUGGGGUCGGUGGGGCGACCGCCCCGUCCAUCCGCGCAGCCGCAGAGCAACCCUGGGGCGGCGUGGGCGGGGCCCUGGGGCGGUCGGCGGCCAGGGCCCCCCAGCUACGAGGCUCACCUGCUGCUGAGAGGCGCUGCCGGGAUGGCCCCGCGACGCCGCUGGGACCGGCCGCCACCCUACGUGGCUCCACCUUCUUACGAGGGCCCCCACAGGACCCUGGGGACUAAGCGAGGCCCAGAGCCCUCGCAGGCGCGCGCCUCUUCAACCUCUGCGCCGACUAGGACAGAGGGAGGGUGCGCAAAGAAGAGGCUAGAUCCUCGGAUCUACCGGGACGUCCUAGGGGCCUGGGGUCUCCGUCAGGGGCGGGGUCUCUUGGGGGGAUCCCCAGGCUGUGGAACAGACAGGCCAAGGCUGGAGUCCGGUAAGGGGGCCGCGGAGAAAAGCCUGAGGCUGGCUGCUGCUGGCCUGAAGAGUGGUAGCGACGGCCAUCCCCAAGCUAAAGCCGCUGGGAGCCCAGGCACAGUUCCUGCGGGGUCUGCCACUGCCACCCCUAGCCCCCCGCGUCCCACUCCCAGGUCCAGACCCCAUCCCAAGGGCUCCGGGGAAGGAAGGGAAGGUAGAGACCAGACCUGGCUCCCCAAACACUGGGUUCCCUCCAUUAAAAAGCAGCCGCCCCGACACAGCCAGACCCUCCCCAGACCCUGGGCUCCAGGCGGCACGGGAUGGAGAGAAUCCCUGGGUCAUAGAGGGGAGACGGGACCCGAGACCUUGGAGGGUUGGAAGGCGACCCGACGCCCCCACACCCUGCCCCGAAGUUCCCGUGGCCCCGCUCGUGGGGAAGGCGUCUUUGUCAUUGACGCCACUUGCGUGGUGAUACGCUCCCAGUACGUCCCGACCCCUCGAACCCAGCAUGUGCAGCUUUUGCCCGCCGGGGUGCCGCGCCUUGUGGGGAAUGCCCCCAGCCAACCGAAACCCAAUCAAGAGGAGGGAGAGGGGCCCGCGGUCCUUCCCUCCCCUCGCCGAAAGCUGCUGCUGAGCAGUCGCCCUUCUCUCCAACCCAGGGAGGGACGGGGGCUCGAAGCUGAGGGCGGGAAGCCCGCGGACUCCUCACUGGAGGAGCGCGCCUCCCGCAUCUUGGGGCUCCCAGUUGGCGAAGUAAACCUACAGGAUCCCCCCACGCAGCCAGGUAGCCCAGAGCACUCAGCCUUAGGCCCAGCGGCUUCGAGGGGAGCGCGCGGUGCCGAGGGAUCGGAGAAAGGGGCGUCCGGCCCGCGGCGCGCAGGCCGGGGCUGGGCGCGAGCUCCUGGACCCUAUGCCGGGGCCCUGCGGGAAGCCGUGUCCCGCAUCCGCCGCCACACCGCCCCGGACUCCGACUCAGACGAAGCUGCGGAGCUCAGCGUCCAUAGCAGCUCUUCUGAUGCGAGCGACACGGAAGCCUCGGGCGCCUCCUGGCGGGAAGAGCGGACCGGGCCCCCGGAAGGCGGGAAGACAGCCGAGCUGAGCGGCAAUGCCCAAGAGAUUGUAGGUGCCAUCCGCAAAACCUAGGAGGUCCUCUUCGGGGCGAGGGACAUUAAGGGGACUCCACAGGGAAAUAGGGAGCAACAGUGAGAGGCCCUUUGUUAUAUUUGUGUCCCCUUUUCUCCUCACAGACGUCCUUGUACCCCUUACCUAUACCCACCCUUUCCCGAACUCAACAUAGAAGGCACACAGAUGAGAGGGAGCACAUGCCAAGUCAUGAUUUUUUUCCCAGGAGAGGUGAGGGUGUGCAGUAGACUUGAAUGCCUUCUCCACCCAGUGCCUGUGGGUAAGGUCUUCAGCAGGGCCCAGUGCACUAGCAUGGAGCUGAGCAGAGAGGCCUAGGUGGGAUGAGGCCGGAGGGCAGGGAUGGGAUAGUCAGGGCAACCGCAGGACAGGCCUCUGAGCAGGAGGAGGAAGGUGAUGGAGAGGCCUCAAACUGAGGUGAUCAGGUGACAGAGAGGCCCUUGGCAGAAGCCACCAGCAAAGCAGAGGAGGACUCACUUUGGUUUCACAGAUCUCGGGUUCCAACCCCAACUCUGAGACUGAUUUGCUGGGUGACCUUAAGCAAGUCAUUUCCCCUCUCCAGUUCCUAUAAUAUGUAAAAUGAGGGCGUUCUAAGGUCCAUUCCUGAUGUUUUGGAGUCCUAGGAGAGGCUCUUAUAUCUUCACAGUUAGGAAUAAGUGAACAGAGUCUGAGGGUCCCUGGGUGGCUUCAUGGACACCUGCAUUCACUCUCAACUCAAGAGACUGUACGGGGUUUGCAGAAGAGCCAAGCAAGUGGGCAAGGGCUCCUAUUCCAGUCUCUCAGGUUUAGGUGUAGGAUCCCUGAGGCAGGGCAGGAUGGUGGCCUUGUCACUGUCCCUAGUUUGUGGUGGUCUGAGCUGGGGAGGGAAGGCACCCAAUGAAGCUGCUUGGGACCUUUAGGCCUUCCCCUGUUCCUCUGCCCCAGUGUUCCUUGGUGAUGCUCUAAAUAGUUACCACGAUUUCCCACCCAGGUGAAAGAGAAUCCUGAGAAGGUCUUACGUGUUUCUGCCUCUUCCAGAAACCAGCAAGGGAAGAGGCCGGUCCCCCAAAGCCUGUAGGUGUGGGGUGUGAUACUCGCUGUAGCCACUACGGGGCGCGCGCAGGUCGCGGAUUUCCCUCGUAGCUAGUCCCCGAGUCUUGCCAACCCUCGGCACUGCCAGUUAAUCAAUUGCUCCCUAGCUCCUGCGCGCGGGUCCCCUGCCUUGCCGUCUCCAGCCAUGCGAGAUCGCGAGUAGGCCUCUGGCCUUGCAGACCUUGGGAGCGCGCGGAGCCCCUCUCUGUACUCGUCCACAGCGAACAGCCUGGGAUUCAGACACUGAAGUAUUUUUUUCUCUUCGAUCUCGGACACCGCCUCUGUCUCUAUUUACUAGCCAUGUGAACUCGGCCAAAUCACUUCACCUCCCUGAGCCUCAGUCUCCUCAUCCGUCAAAUGGGGGUUUAUAAACACCUACCUCGCAGGGUUGUUGUGAGGACUUAAUGCGAUAAUGUAUGUAAAGCGCCUUGCACAGUACCUGGGGACACAGCAGGCGCUCAAUAAAUCUAAGCUUCCCUUUGUCCA